GUGCAUUGUACCUACCUAAAUAAGAAAAUUUUUGUUUACAUAUCACUUGUUUAAAUAUUUUUUAUAUUCUAGUGUAGUCGGCAGACGAAGUGUAUAUAAUAUUAAAUUUCCGUGGAUUUGAUCUAGAAAAUGUCAUCACAGCUGGAGACCAUAAUUAAUGCCUACAAGACCCUCGCUAAAAUACCAUCAGUGCUUAGUGGCAGGUUGACUAAUAACGGCCAUAGGGUGACCUCGAAAUGGCAAGUUCGGAAUCUGGACAAGGGCAAACCCACAAAGUACAACAUAGAGUAUUACCUUGACGACAAUUUGAAGGUCAUCGGUCAGAGUUCCUUUGGCUCAGAUGUCAGUAACGAAUUGCUAUCAUCUAUAUCGCCUUCUGAGUCAUACCGCGCAGUGAUACGCGAGGAGAAGGACAAGAAAGAUGUCAAGAAACAGUACCUUGAAGUGUGGAGUAAGAGUACAUUGACGCACUCUAUAGACCUCACCGCUGUGGAUGUUCAUGGUGACGUUUAUGCUGAUUCCGAAUUCGGGUGCCUCAACUGGUCUAGCGACGAGUCCGCGAUCGUUUACAUCGCCGAGAGGAAGUUGGCCAAAAGCGAGCCUUACAUUCAGAGAAAAAAUGAGGACAAAUCCAAAACCGACGGCAGCGGCGAAGCUAAGGAGACGCCUAAGAAGGGCGAAGAGUUCAUCUAUCGUCAGGACUGGGGUGAACAGCUCGUGGGGAAGUACCUCUCUUCAAUUGUUGUGUGCGAAGUGGAUACGGAGAAGAUUACUGUCAUUGAGGGUCUGCCUCAGUCAUGGUGCCCGGGGCAGGUGCGUUUCACCCCAGACGGGAAGAGCCUCGUCGGGGUGGCGUGGGAGACUGAACCCAGGAGGUUGGGACUCAUCUUCUGCACCAACAGACCUUCUGUGAUAUUUAAAAUUACGCUGGACGGCAGUUAUAGUAUAAUUUCUGAAGGCCACUCGGUGAGGUCACCCAAGUUCAACAGGAAUGGUGACCUGUACUGGCUACAGCGGACCAGUGGGGGGCCCCAUCACGCUUGCCAUGAGCUCAAGAGAUAUAAUGGGUCGCAAACCACAACGGUUAUACCAAUAGUGGACACCGAUAUGAUUAUAUCAAACGGAAUGUUCCACGGAUUGUUCUGUCUAUCGAUGCCGAGCCGAUGUUUUGCGAGCGAUGGUCGUAUUGUGAUCACUACGCCUCAGAAGAAUGAAAUAAGGAGUUAUGUCGUUGAACCAGAAAGCAAAAUCAUAGUGGACAUUUCGAAUCGCUCGCGAGCAUGCUCGACGAGCGUGUUGGACGUGCUCGGAUCAUACGUACUAGCAGUAUGUUCAGAUUUGAACACACCAGCACAGUUGUACAUAGCGAAGUUACCCGAAUCCGGUCGGGAAGCUGAAAUACAAUGGAUAAGAAUCAGCGAUCCUAUUGAAGCGCCGACCAGUGUUGCCACAUCCAAAGUGGAGUAUUUGCAAUUGGAGCAUAAGGACUCGAAAGAUGACGUCAAAUCAUUCACCGCGAUAUAUUUUGCGCCCGUGUCUGACAAGAAAUUACCACUAAUUGUGUGGCCGCACGGAGGGCCACAUUCAGGCUUCGUGAACGCGUUCUCCAUAGAAGCAGCUCUGCAUAGUAUGUUGGGCUUCGCGUCCCUCCAAAUAAACUACCGCGGUUCAUCAGGCGCGGGUCAGGCCUCCAUUUUAUGCCUUCUCAAGAAUCCCGGAGAUUUCGACGUCAAAGACUGCAAGCUGGCCACAGACGUGGCCCUAACUCGGUACCCGUUGGACCCCAAUCGCGUCGGCCUCACUGGCGGGUCCCACGGAGGGUUCCUAGUCACCCACCUGAGCGGCCAGUAUCCGGAUACUUAUAGAGCGGUCGUAACGAGAAAUCCAGUUAUAGAUGUCGCUAGCAUGUUCAAUUCAACGGAUAUAGCUGAUUGGUGUGCAGUGGAAGCCGGCUUCGAAUUCAAAGAGUCCGGGGCGGUUUCCGAAGUGGAACUGCUGGCGAUGAGGCGGUGCUCGCCGCUGGUCCACGUGCACAAGGUCAAAGCCCCGACCGCGCUCAUGCUGGGCUCCGGGGACAAGAGGGUACCACAUUACCAGGGGCUCGAGUACGCCAGGAGGUUGAAGGCUAACGGAGUGGAAACCAGGAUAUACAUGUACGAUGACAACCACUCUCUCUCGUCGCCAGCAGCUGAGAUGGACAACUUGAUCAACGGCAAUCUAUGGCUUCUCACACAUUUAUCAUGAUUUCAUCAUAUUUUGCACAAUUGAAAAUAUGUACGAACACUGCAAUAUUGUAAAAAAAAUACUAUUUUUUUUUAUUAGAAAAUGAUGCAAUUUUUUUAUACUCCUAAAAAUCUAUUAUGGUUAAGCUACAGUGUGAGUUGUGAAUGCGAAAAAUUGUUAUAUCGUAUUUACUUUAUAUAUUGUUUUUUAUUUUAAUAUUAAUAAGCGUAAGUUUUGAUUUCAUAAAGUAAAUUGUUAUUUUUUUAAUAAUUAGUAAUAAAUCAUAACGGUUUAAA